CAGAACGGUUGUCGCAUUGAUGGCUACGUCGGAUUUUGUGCUGGGCGACGUGGCUGCCAUGGGUGCUGGUGUCUUUACCAAUCCCGUGGAGGUGAUCAAAACUCGCAUCCAACUGCAGGGAGAGCUGGCCGCCCGAGGAUCCCAUGCCCAGCCCUACAAGAGCGUAUUUCAAGCCUUUGUCACAGUGGCCAAAAAUGAUGGAAUCUUGGGCCUGCAGAAGGGAUUGGCUCCAGCUUUAUGCUUCCAGUUUGUCAUUAACUCCUUUCGCUUGAGUAUCUACACCCAUGCCGUGGAGAAGGGUUGGGUGCACAACAACAAGGGCGAGAUCUCCUUUGCGAGGGGCAUGUUUUGGGGCGCCUUGGGUGGCGUUGUGGGUUCCUACUGCGCCAGCCCCUUCUUCCUGAUCAAGACGCAACUUCAGGCGCAGGCCGCGAAGCAGAUCGCCGUUGGCUAUCAGCAUCAGCACGCCUCGAUGAGCGAUGCGAUAAGGCGGAUAUACCGGAAGAACGGCGUCUUUGGACUCUGGCGGGGAUCCAUGGCCAAUGUGAGCCGUGCCACGGUGGCCUCCGCCGUUCAAAUUGCCACCUUUGGCCAGGCUAAGUCUCUUUUAAAGGAAAACGGCGUGAUAACUCAUCCAACUGUUCUGUCCUUCUGUUCUGGUCUAGCAGCUGGAUCGUUUGUGUCAGUGGCAAUCACGCCACUGGAUGUGAUCACAACUAGGCUAUAUAAUCAGGGAGUGGAUGCCCAAGGUCGUGGGCUUUACUACAAAAGCUGGCUGGACUGUGUCCUCAAGAUCCUGCAAUCGGAGGGGUUGUAUGGGUUGUACAAGGGCUUCUGGCCCAUUUACCUCAGGAGUGCUCCUUACUCCACCUUGGUGCUUUUGUUCUUUGACGAGUUGAUCGCCCUGCGCGAAAGAUACGAUCUUCACUAGCUAUCGAUCCGGACUGUAUGGGGGGUUUACUUUUUGAGUUCAAUAGCAAAGAAGAUAUAUGCCAUAUUAUAUUUUCUGAAUGCUUUUAUUUUGUUUGUCUAAACUUGGCUUUAGUUUGUAGCGAUUAUUUAAAAAUCCUAGUCUUAAUAUCUGUGUUUAGCAUAGCCCCAGAACCAAACUGUGCCUUCAGUAAGCUAAUCUCUUAGAUGUUCCUUAAGUAACUGUGCAAUAUUUUUGUAAAAUAAACCAGUUAAAUUGUUACUUUUAACAUGUCUGUUAUUAAAGUCUGAAUAUGUAGAUGC